AUGUGGGUAUCGACUUGUAUUACAUUAUACCUAUUCAUUCAAAUCGCCAACGCUGGCGCAUUAACCUUCAAGGAUUCACAAGAAGCAGCGGUUCCACGUGAGACGAAGCCAAAUUUAUCGUACAAUGAACUACUGUAUAUAUUGAAAACCAGAAAUGGCGAUCGCACUAAACCACCAAAGGCUCUAUCACCGUGCGCAAGAGCAAUACUCGGGUGCUGCGACGAGAAUAAAGUGAUAAAUGAAAAUUGUUCAGUAUUGCUGAACUGUGGUGCUUACUUCUUUGACGACAAUCCCUGUGAUGAUAAGUUUAUAUACGACGCAUUAAGAGCUGCCACAGCCUUUUACCACCAGUAUGACAAAGUUUUUACAACAUAA